GCUGAACAGCCUUCGCGCCCCGGAUGGCGCUUUCGCCGGCUGGGAUCGAAUGAGAAUGUAAUAUCUCAAGACUCUGAUGACACAGUGGAGUAUGUGAACAACAAUCUCUGCUUCCCAUGAUAUGCUCUCUACAGUAAAAAAAUUAUGACAUCAACAUCCAAAGGCAUUCUCCGCCCAUUUCUAAUCGUCUGUGUUAUCCUGGGAGGCUUCAUGGCCUGUCUUCUUAUUUACAUCAAACCCACUAACAGCUGGAUCUUCAGUCCAAUGGAGUCUGCAAGCUCUGUGCUAAAAAUGAAAAAUUUCUUCUCCACGAAAACUGAUUAUUUUAAUGAAACUACAAUUCUGGUAUGGGUGUGGCCAUUUGGGCAGAUCUUUGACCUUACAUCCUGCCAAGCAAUGUUCAACAUCCAAGGCUGCCACCUCACAACAGACCGCUCACUAUACAACAAAUCCCAUGCAGUCUUGAUUCACCACCGAGACAUCAGCUGGGAUCUGACUAAUUUACCUCAGCAGGCCAGGCCACCCUUUCAGAAAUGGAUUUGGAUGAAUUUAGAAUCCCCAACUCAUACUCCCCAAAAGAGUGGUAUUGAGCACUUAUUCAACUUGACUCUAACUUACCGCCGCGAUUCAGAUAUUCAAGUGCCUUAUGGCUUCUUGACCGUGAGCACAAACCCCUUUGUCUUUGAAGUGCCAAGCAAAGAGAAGCUGGUAUGCUGGGUUGUAAGUAACUGGAACCCAGAGCAUGCCAGGGUCAAGUAUUACAAUGAGCUCAGCAAGAGUAUUGAGAUUCAUACCUAUGGGCAAGCAUUUGGAGAAUAUGUUAAUGAAAAGAAUUUGAUUCCCACCAUAUCUACUUGCAAAUUUUAUCUUUCAUUUGAAAACUCAAUUCACAAAGAUUACAUCACAGAAAAGCUCUACAAUGCUUUUUUGGCAGGUUCGGUACCUGUUGUUUUGGGACCGUCUAGGGAAAACUAUGAGAAUUAUAUUCCAGCUGAUUCAUUCAUUCAUGUGGAAGAUUAUAACUCUCCAAGUGAGCUAGCAAAAUACCUGAAAGAAGUUGACAAAAACAAUAAGCUAUACCUUAGUUACUUUAACUGGAGGAAGGAUUUCACUGUGAAUCUUCCACGGUUUUGGGAAUCACAUGCAUGCUUGGCUUGUGAUCAUGUAAAAAGGCAUCAAGAAUAUAAGUCUGUUGGUAACUUAGAAAAAUGGUUUUGGAAUUAAAGUUUUGAUCAUUUUCACAUUUAGUGAAGUAUUUUAAUGAGACAUCAUUCAAGUUUUGAGAAUAAGAGGAGAAACAACGUUUUCAUUUAUGUCACACUUUAUUUUUAUCAUUCUCCCUUGAGUACCAUGUUUUAUUUGAUGGCAAGUUUUAAGAGCUUAGCAUUAAUGAUCAAUCCAUUUAGUUUUAAGUUAUCCUAUAUAUACCUAAUUAUGUGUACUGAAAAAAUAAUUUAUUCUCUCAUAUGAAAACUUUUUUUUCACAUUUUUAUAGUUGCUUGUAAAGUAAGUUUAUGAUUCAAUUGUUGUCUCUACAUUGAUUAGAUCUUUACUAUAUUGGUAAAUGGAAAUGCAGAUUCUAAAAUAUGA